AUGGGGAAUGCUUGUCUAGCCUGCCUCACAGGUACCUCCUCCAAGAUAGAUAGAUGGUGCCAUUUGUCUGAUUUGCUGGCUCCCAUCUUCAAAGGUCGAUCCAGAGACGGUCUCUACGAACCCAUCCUCGCCGAUAACGAGCGCGAGGCCGUCGCCGAUCUUUUACAAUACCUCGAGAACCGGAAUGAAACCGACUUCUUUAGCGGAGAGCCACUGAGUGCUCUCAGUACUCUCGUCUACUCCGACAAUGUUGACCUCCAACGAAGCGCUAGCUUGACUUUUGCAGAGAUCACAGAAAGAGAUGUCCGGGAAGUAAACAGAGAAACCCUCGAGCCUAUCCUCUUCCUCCUACAGAGCCCCGAUAUCGAAGUUCAACGUGCUGCCAGUGCAGCGCUGGGGAAUCUCGCUGUUAAUACGGAAAACAAAGUUAAUAUUGUCCUCCUCGGGGGACUAGCACCUCUAAUAAGACAAAUGAUGUCACCUAACGUCGAAGUACAAUGCAAUGCAGUCGGCUGCAUAACCAAUCUAGCCACCCACGAGGACAACAAAGCAAAAAUUGCCAGAUCAGGUGCCCUUGGGCCCUUGACAAGAUUGGCAAGAUCCAAGGACAUGCGUGUGCAACGAAAUGCCACUGGAGCUUUGCUAAACAUGACACAUUCCGACGAAAACCGGCAACAGCUCGUCAUCGCCGGUGCGAUACCCGUUUUGGUGCAACUCCUCUCGUCACCGGAUGUCGACGUCCAGUAUUACUGCACAACUGCAUUAAGUAAUAUCGCAGUGGACGCGGAAAAUAGAAAAAGGCUCGCCCAAACAGAAUCUCGGCUUAUUCAAUCCCUCGUUCAGCUCAUGGACUCCUCCACCCCAAAAGUUCAAUGCCAAGCUGCCUUAGCUCUUCGAAAUUUGGCCUCCGAUGAAAAGUACCAACUCGAGAUCGUCCGUGCUCGAGGCCUUGCACCUUUGCUCCGACUACUACAAUCAUCCUAUCUCCCUCUCAUCCUCUCCGCAGUUGCAUGCAUCCGAAAUAUCUCCAUCCAUCCCCACAACGAAUCCCCAAUCAUUGACGCGGGAUUCCUAAAACCACUCGUUGACCUACUAGGCUCGAUAGACAAUGAAGAAAUCCAGUGCCACGCCAUUUCCACCUUGCGGAACCUGGCAGCUAGUUCAGAUCGAAAUAAGGAGCUCGUUCUUCAAGCAGGCGCCGUGCAGAAGUGCAAAGAGCUUGUCUUAAAAGUUCCGCUGAGCGUACAGUCGGAAAUGACCGCUGCAAUUGCUGUUCUUGCUCUGAGCGAUGAGCUGAAGACCCAUCUGCUGAAACUGGGUGUGUUUGAUGUUUUGAUACCCCUGACAGAUUCGGAAAGCAUAGAAGUUCAAGGGAAUAGUGCAGCUGCUUUAGGGAAUUUGUCGUCCAAAGUGGGCGACUACUCAAUAUUCGUCCGCGACUGGUCCGAACCGAACGGCGGUAUCCACGGGUACUUAAGUCGCUUCCUAGCCAGCGGGGAUCCGACGUUCCAACAUAUCGCCAUCUGGACGCUGUUGCAGCUUCUUGAGUCUGGAGAUCAGCGGUUGCAUGGCUAUAUUACGCGGUCAGAGGAUGUAGUGGAGAUGGUUAAGACGAUUGCGGAUAAGAAUUUGGAGAGUGGGGAUGAAGGGGAGGGGGCCGGAGAAGGUGGUGGUGAGGAUGAUCAGGGAGAGGUUGUGGCGUUGGCAAGGAGGUCGUUGGAGAUUUUGGGUCAGAAGGCUAAGCAGAUUCUUCUUGAUGGGUGA